GCCCCUGCCCGGGCCCGGGCCGGCGCCGGCGCUGCGGAGCGAUGGAGUUGCCCAGGCAGCGGCUGCUGGUGGUCAGCGAGGAGCUGGACGAGGCCGAGCUGGCGGCCCUGAAGUUCCUCAGCCUGGAGCACGUCCCCAUGAGGAAGCUGGAAGCCAUCCGGAAGGCGCAGGACUUCUUCGAAGCGCUGCAGGAGAAAGGCAUGAUGGAGGCGGGGAACCUCUCCUUCCUGAAGGAGCUGCUCUACCGCAUCAGCCGGAUGGACCUCCUGGCUGCCCAGCUGGGCUCCAGCCGAGAGGAGAUGGAGAGAGAGCUUCGGAUCCCAGGCAGGGCACGAGUGUCGGCCUACAGAUACCUGCUCUUUCAGCUGUCAGAAGACAUCACCGAAGAUGAGCUGAAGUCUUUCAAGUUUCUUUUGGGGAAAGAAUUACCAAAAUGCAGGCUAAACCCUAAGACUACAAUGCUCGACAUUUUCAUUGAGAUGGAGAAGAAGGGGAUUUUGGGAGAAGACAACCUAAGUAUCCUGAAGAGUCUCUGUGCAGAAAUUAACAUCAGCCUGUUGAAGAGAAUUGAAGAGUAUGAAUUAAACCUAUUUGGUGAAGAAGAGAUGCUCAUCACAGAGGAACAGAGGCGCAGCACAGGAGGCCCUGAAGCCCACACCAAAUGGCUGGCGUCAUCUGUGGCACCUGAUUCUCCUGGCAGUUGGAAUGAAUCUUCCCAGCUUGAAGCUUACAAAAUGACUAGCCGACCCCGUGGAGUGUGCCUGAUCCUGAAUAACCACAAUUUUGCAAAAGCCAGGGAAGCAGUGCCAGAACCCAAAAACAUGAAAGAUCGGAAUGGGACAGACGUGGAUGCAGCGGCUCUGAGAAGAGUCUUUAGCAAGCUUCAUUUUACAAUAGCAGAAUAUAGAGACCUCACCGCAGAGGAAAUCCGUGAGACUGUGAACAUCUACCGGUGCGAAGACCACAAGGACAGAGACUGUUUUGUUUGCUGUAUCCUGUCUCAUGGGAAAAAAGGCAUUAUAUAUGGUGUUGAUGGGCAGGAAAUACCUAUCCAGGAACUGACCACUUCUUUCACUGGACAGAAUUGCCACUCACUUGCUGGAAAACCAAAAGUCUUUUUUGUUCAGGCCUGCCAAGGUGAUGCUUGCCAGAAAGGUGUGACCAUCGAAACAGAUUCUGGAGAGCAAGAUUCUUCUGUAGAAACAGAUGCAAGAUUUCAGCUUGACUGUAUCCCCUCAGAGGCAGACUUCCUCCUGGGCAUGGCUACCCUGCAAGAUUAUGUUUCCUACAGAAGCCCAAGGCAGGGGACCUGGUACAUACAGGCAUUGUGCCAGCACUUGGAGUACAGCUGUCCUCGAGGAGAAGAUAUUCUCACCAUUCUGACAGCAGUGAAUCAAGAGGUGAGCAGAAAGAGUUGCAAGCCAAAUGCAGAGAAGCAGAUGCCACAGCCCAGUUUCACAUUGAGGAAAAAGCUCAUCUUUCCCGUCAACUAAAUGGGAGGGGACUGUGUGGCUGAGGGAGCAGCAGCAGCCUGGAAUGAGCUAGUAUCAGCUAGCUAAGAAUUUGGUAAAACAUAACAGACUUUCAGUGUCUGCUCUUACCACAAGAGCAAAUGUUAUUAUUGAAAAUACAGCCAAGGAGCAAAAGCCUUAAGAAAUUUGUGUUAAUAUGUAUGACACUUCAUACUUGAGAGCAUCUCUGAGCUGGUCUGCGAUUUGUGGUUUGCUGGCUAAAAUAUGCUCAGUGCCCUCUAUCAGCUGUACCACAUUGCUGUUUCUUCAGUAAGGUAUCUUCCCAAUGCAAAUUUUAAAAGAACUGUU